AUGGUUUCUAAAUCUCAAAUUCAAACGGGAAUCCUUGGUGCGAGUCUCAUGAUGGCUAUUACAUGUGGAUACAUCUAUGAGUACUGGCAAAAGCACAAGCCACCUCCAGAGAUUCCCAUUCAAUCGUGGGAUAAGUAUAUGUCACAAACAGGUCCUUUUAUUCGAGUAACAACAGUCAGCGCACCAUUGAAAGGUUCCUUUCCAUUGGAUCAUGAAGGAACUUGUAAACUCGAAAUGCUGAAUUAUAUGGUGUGUUUACACGAAAAGAAACAGCAAAACAGUGAGUGUCGACACGUCGCAAAGGACUAUUUCGAAUGUCGAAUGAAUCAUGGAUUAAUGGAUAAAGAAGAAUGGCAGAAGCUUGGAUAUGGUGAUUCGAAGGAGAUAUCAAAAUCCAGUUCUUUGCUCUUUGCCUUUUCUUCUCCAAUUUUUGAGAAUAAACAAGAGUUUUUAAUAUUUCGCGCUCUGCUUCGUGUUUCUGCUGAUAAGAGUGACGGCGGCGACCGCGGUGCUGGUUGGUACCAGGGACAACCCCGUUUGGAACUAGCCGUUAUCGGAUGA